AUGGCAAAGUUCGAGGCAGAACAGCGCCAAACGGCGGGUCUUCUCGAGCAAUCCCGUGCUGUGAGCACCCCAACUGGAGAUAGUCCCUCGAGCCGGACGGGAUCCCGAAAUCCGGACUCUGAGCACGUUAAGCCGCCUCGACCGCGCGGCACCGGCAGGGACGACCUCAUCGCGAGAACUGAAGACUCUAUCGAGCGUGUUGGCGAUCUCGGGCGUGGCGCCGAGGAGCUUUUCAAGUUCGUGUACUUGAAAGGCGGUGCCGUCGUCAAUGCCAGUGCCCGGGCGCUGGGGGUCGAACACUUCCAGCAAAGACCGGGUUUGAUUGCCAAGGUCCUGGAUCUGAUCUUGCAAUAUCGGAUGAGCAACGGACCUAGACCGAUGUGUGUUCUGGCGCCAGUGCCCUUCAUACGAGCUCGCCUUGAGGGCUACGGAAACAAUCACCCGAGCCUUUUAUAUGGCGCCGCCGAACUUGGAUCCUGA